AUGGCAGUAGAUGAAGUUGGUGAAGGUAGUUUGCUCGGAGGUUCACCGAAACCGGAGGCCGCAAAGAAGAGAUUGUCAUCGGCUGGCUCGAAUUCUUCGCAAGCAGAGAGUAAUCGCCCACCACGACGCAAAGCGGGCCCUAUUUCGUCAGAUUCGUUGUCCAAAUGGAGGCGGCGAUGGCGACGUGAAAUGUCUUCAGCUUCAUCAGUUGCUUCGUCAGCUUCAUCUACCAUUUCAUCGAUGUCCGAUCUGGAUUCAGCUCCAGCUUCACCGUACAGUGCUGAUCUCUGCUCUGGUGAUAAUCAAACUGAGCCAUCAACGUCCAGCCUCAAUGGCAGUGUUGAUGAAAAACUGAAUGGUGAAUUAAGAAGCCGAAAACGAAGCGCUUCUGCGAGCCGUUUUUCGCCACCGGCAGAGAAGAAAUCGCGUGAAGAUGAGGUGAAAACAAGGCUGGGUGAGUCGACACUGAAAGAGAAGAAAAUACUUAUGGGCCGAUUUGUAAGAAAACUUGCACGAGAAGAGAAAAUGGAUACAACAGCCCCAAAAGAAGAGAACACUGCUGCUGCUGCAACAGCGCUUGUUGAUAAUAGUAGUACGAAUUCAGCAAUUGCUGGCCUAGCAUCUCAGCAAACGCAAUCGCAAAUGACCAGUGGUGGUGGUUCAGUACUGGACAAGCUAUUGCCGGCCAAACAAAGUGAAAUGGAUGAUAAAGCUGGUGUGAAAAAACUGGGAGGCUGGGACAGUCUGGCAAAGAAAAGUCAAAGUGGCGGCCUGAGCCUGGAUACCUCCGUCCAGUUCGAGCUAUUUCGAAAGCAAGCAAAAGAGAAAGAAGAGAAGCGUAAACAGCUACGGGUGGAAGAGGAACGAAAACGACGACUGAAAGAGCAGGAAGAAAAAGAGCGAGCUAGGGAUCAAGCCGCAGCCGAGAGUGCUGAGCUAGAGCUGAAGCGGCAAAAUGAGCUUUUACGCCAAAAAGAACAGGUUUUUUUGCUUUGUUUUCGACUUUUUUUACGUUUUCUGACUCCCUUCUGGAUUCUUAGGGUCUUGGAAAAGUGA